AAAGCGUGGGAUGAUCGCUACUAUUCCUCCGAAGCAGUCGGGACGGCGAGGUCAGCCACUCAUCCGUUACCAUUGUAUUGCUGGGGUGCGAUUGCGUGUUCUCGUUCCUGAAUCCUGAGGCUCCGCUGCGUUCCGCGAAUGGAUGCAGGAUUCAGGAUGUCGAAGUUAAACGCGCGUAUGAAGUCGAAACGGCUAUCUAGCCUCUAUGACUCAUACAGGGACAUCGUGGGACACGACGCGGAGACUGCACGCGGGAGAAACAUGCCGGCAGUUGAUGUAGGAUUGAUGGGUGUUUCGAUGGGCGAUGCAAUUGCUGUCCCUCGAGAGUUCAACUUCCGAUAGUCCUUGUUGAUACAUGCGCAGCCAAUCGGUAAUGUAC